UCCUACAAGGAAAGGAAGAAGUGAGAUGACGAUGAUGUCUCUCCCCAAAAUGAGACUAUCUUGUCUGCAACCACACCUCCAUUUUACCAGUAGCAGAUCAAUAGCAGCAGCUCUAGCUUUUCCAAGCUCAAGCAUAAGGAACAGAACAUCAUGUCUUGUUCGGUGUGGCUCAGCCAGAAGAAGAUUGACUACGAAAAGUAGCAGAAACAGCAAGCUUGAAAGAGCACAACCUCCUCCUCUGGGUUUGGAACGGCACUGGAGAUAUGCUGUGGUUGGUGGAGUCUCUGUAGGGUUGAUGAUGGUUUUGGUAUUGGGAAUGGAUGCAGAGAAAGCUAUGGCGCUUGGACCAGAAGGUCCUUUAAUGGAAGAGUUUUGGGACAACGUUAGAAGGUACGGUCUUUACGCUCUCACGGUUAGCACUGGAGCUCUCUCUGCUGUCUUUGAGCCCAUCUUUGAGCUCCUCAAGAACCCAAUCUCCGCCAUUCUCAUUCUACUCAUCUUAGGUGGUAGCUUCUAUAUCGUCUCUCAAGUUGUUUCUGCCAUGAUUGGUGUCAACGAAUUCGCUUAUCAAUACAGUUAUUGACCAACUAUAGUUUGUUUUUGUUUUCUUCAUUAAUACUCUGCUUUUAUGCUCUGUUUUUUUUUAUCUAUUUUAAAUUUUGUUACACAAUCAUUCGACAUUUUAUUUGACAUAAGUUACACCAAAUCAUUUACAUUGUUAAAGCUUUUUAAAGAU